GGUGACUGUGCCCGCACGCGCACGUUUCAUUUCACCCAGUUCGAACCAGCAGUCGCCAGUUUCCCCGUGUGCUCCCCUGUUCUGUUCCCCUCCGGCGUCGGCCACCGCAGAUCUCAUCUGCCAUGGUGCUCAACAUCAACUGGGAGCUGCAGGGCUGCUGCCGCCACAACCAGGUCGUCUUCAUCGCCGCCGUCGGGGUCUCCACCGUCGUCAUCCUCGCCCUGUGGAGGACGUUCCUGCUCACGCCCUUCAAGCUCAUCACCGUCUUCCUCCACGAGACCAGCCACGCGCUCGCCUGCAAGCUCACCUGCGGAGAUGUUGAGGGUAUGCAGGUCCAUGCUAAUGAGGGUGGCGUUACACAAACUCGUGGUGGCAUUUAUUGGAUAAUCUUGCCUGCCGGAUAUCUGGGUUCCUCAUUUUGGGGAAUGGUGUUCAUACUCUCAUCCACAAACCUCCUUGCUACAAGAAUUGCAUCAGGCUGCUUCAUACUUGCAUUAGUUAUUGUUCUUUUUGUUGCCAAAAAUUGGUUUCUACGCUGGCUUUGCAUUGGUUUCAUCAUAUUCAUUGCUGUUGUUUGGGUUAUACAAGAGUUUACAACUGUCCAUGCUCUGAAGUAUGUGAUUCUGUUCAUAGGUGUUAUGAAUAGCUUAUUUUCAGUUUACGAUAUUUAUGAUGACACAAUAUCCCGAAGAGUUAAUUCAAGUGAUGCUGAGAAAUUCGCUGAAAUCUGCCCUUGCCCUUGCAAUGGUGUUGGAUGGGGUGUUAUAUGGGGCUUCAUCUCAUUUAUUUUCCUCUGCGCGUCGAUAUAUCUUGGACUGGUCAUAUUGUCUUGAGGACUUGCGCCUCCUCUGGGCCGUAAUACCAUUUCGAUCUGAGAACUGAAGGCGGUGCUUCUUAUCCGUUUCAUUGCUCGGGCGAUGGGUUCAAGGAUCUAAGGGGAACAGGUUGUACAAAGUUCAUACAGAGGGGAGGUGCUGCCCAUAGGGUUGAUUGGAUAGGGGGUUAUUCAUGCGAUUCUUCCAUUAACUGCUCAUGUAGAUGAUGGCAUUUUUGCUUUACCAUUUGUAUUUAUAUAUAUAUUAGCUGAUUCUGCUCUCAGUGUUAGUAUAUUAUUCCAUCAUCUCGGGAUGGUAUUCAUUGACCAACCAAAUCUAUUUAACAGUACAGUCUUAUA